AUGGGAACCUGGUAUGGUUAUGAGAAAAUUGAAGCAUACACAAGUGCCAGUAUGGAUAAAACUGAGACACCUUCCUAUGGAAUUCUGGACGACGGACGGAUUGAGUAUUGUAGUGGUUUGGGUAGGCCUUUAUACCCUGAUGCAAUAACGAGGGCAUGCACGAGACUGGAUUUCGCUCGUGUAUGCGUGAUGAUCGAUGUUAAUCAGACAUUAACAAAUCAUAUUAUUAUAAUGACGCCAGAUGAGGAGGGUGGGGAAACCCCAUGCAAGAUUGAUAUUGAGUAUGAAUGGCUCCCCCCUAAAUGCACAGGAUGCCUGACACUGGGUCACUCGGUGAAGGAUUGUUCAAUGAAAAAAACUCAGAAACAUACAAAGCCGCCGGUUAAAGUGUAUGUACCUAAAUCCAACGUCCCUCCUCCACCUAAACCCAAGGAGCAACAAAAGAAACAUGAUUUUGUAGUUGAGGUGGAUAAAGUACCAAAGAAAAAUCAUGGUGUUGAACAGGAAGAACGAGAAACGUCAUCACAUAAAGAGAAAGAAACUCGUGUUCGUAUCAAUAAUGCUUUGAAUAUUCAGUCGUUUUUGCUUCCUCAUUGGAAAUGGUUUAUUGAUUAUGCAUCUGUGGGUAACCGUAUUUUGGUAGCGUGGGAUGCAAAUGUUGUUGAUGUUCAUAUACUUGAUUCAAGGAAUCAACUUAUGCAUUGUCGUGUCACUAAUAGGACUGACAGUAAAUCGCUCAUUAUUACUAUCGUUUAUGGUGCCUCUGAGAUGAUUGAUCGUAGGAACUUAUGGACUAUUCUGGAAACAUUGGCACAUGAACACUCGGACGAGCCCUGGCUAGUAGGGGGGGACUUUAAUGCAGUCCGAGAAAUGAAUGAGGUAUGUGGAAUUUCUGGUGAUAUUAGGAUGGCCAUGGAAGAAUUCAAUGCCGGUAUUCAGGAGGCCGGGUUAAUACCUUUGCCUAUGCAGGGUGAAUGGUAUACCUGGCAUAAUUGCAACACGAACUCGCAGAGUCUUUGGAAGAGAUUGGAUCGUAUCCUUAUUAAUGAUAGAUGGUUCGCACGAUUUCCUUCCUCUAGUUAUCAUAGCCUUUUGUCGCGAACUUCUGACCACUCGCCGCUAGUACUACAUGGAGAUACACAAAAUCAAACAAGAGUAGGGAUGUUUCGAUUUGAUAACUACCUUACACGCUCACCUGAAUUCAUUCCCAAUGUACAGAAUAUUUGGCAGCAUAGAAUCAUUGGGACUCCUAUGUUUGCGGUAACACAUAAACUUAAAGCUUUGAAACCGGUCUUUAGAGAACAAAGGAGGAAGAAGGGGGGCUUAACACUCAAUGUUCAACUAGCCAAAGGAUUUCUUGAUGAGGCACAAGAUCUGGUGAGAUAUGAUAGACAGAACGAAGUACUUUUACAGUUAGAACACUGUUGCCGAAUAGUAUAUGCUAAAGCAGUAAAACAGGAGCAAAUCAUGAUGCAACAACGAGCCAAUGCAGUGGAUGAAAGGAGGUGA